UGCCCUAUCUCUGCACUCAUGGUAGGCAAGCUGGUCUUCUUUGCAACUUGUUUGUCCUUUGCUCUGACACUACAGACAUCCCUGUUCCUGCUCUUACAGGCAGCAGUCCUUUUUGGGGCUUGAAAUAGGAGUUAAAAGUAUCUCUCAGUCUCUUUCAUUAACUUUAAGGCCCUUUCCUUUACUAGCAGCACCUAGUCAUUCACAACCUUGCAAGAAACUGCCAUUUCUGUACUUUUUGCUUAGUGCAGGGUGGAGUUUUCUAGUUCCAGGCUGGUCAAAGUAGGCGGGCAGUGUAGAGCAGUCACUCUUAGAGCUGGGAUGUACACAAAGAGGACAGGAAAGGGCAGGCACAGGUGCAGGUAGGAGCUAAGUACACGUGUGUGUGUCCCCAGCAUGAAGGCAGAGCACCUGCACGUGAAUGCGCGGCUGUUCGCGUGACUGCUUGGAGGCACUGAACGUGUGCGAGGGCAACUCUGCUCGAAGCAGGUCUGGUGGUGCUUCAAGAGGACCUGUUAAGGUCCCUUGCAAUCAUGGUGAAGUCUAGAAGAGCACAGGUGCUCCUGAUUCUGGUAGUUCUGUCCUUCCUUCUGAUCCACUUCCUACCCUGCAACAACAACGCCCACAUGGAAGAAAAACCUUCUCCUGUCCACAUCCUCAUUCUCUCCUCCUGGCGGUCAGGAUCCUCCUUCACGGGACAAAUCUUCAGCCAGCACCCCAGCGUUUUCUACCUGAUGGAGCCUGCAUGGCAUGUUUGGGUUAAGAUGUACCAGAACAGUGCCAAAGUCUUACACAUGGCAGUGCGGGACUUAGUCAGGUCGGUCUUUCUGUGUGACAUGUCUGUGUUUGAUGCUUACAUGUCUAGCCAGAAGAAAAAGUCUGAUUUAUUUCAGUGGGAGACAAGCCGAGCCCUGUGCUCCCCACCUGCCUGUGACUCAUUCAGUCGCAGUGACAUAAUCACUGCAGGCAACUGCAAAACAAUCUGUGGCAAGUACCCAUUCAGCAAGGUGGAGGAAGCUUGUAAAACCUAUAGUCAUGUUGCCAUCAAGGAAGUUCGGUUCUUUGACCUGAAAGUUCUCUAUCCCCUUCUCACUGAUCCAUCCCUGAACCUCAAAAUAAUUCACUUGGUACGUGAUCCUCGGGCUGUGUUCAGAUCCCGAGAGAAUACAGUGGCAGACCUGAAACGCGACAGUAACAUCGUUGUGGGAUCUCAGAAGACAAAUGGAGAAAUGGGGCCCUACAACACAAUGCAAGUAAUCUGCAAAAGCCAUGUUGAGAUCUACAAGGCAGGAAGUCAGGCCGCUCCAAGCUUCCUGAAAGACCGGUAUCUGCUGGUUCGCUAUGAAGACAUUGUCAGAGACCCACUAGCAAGGGCUGCUCAGAUGUACAAGUUUGCAGAACUCCAUUUCACACCAGAGCUUCAGAAGUGGGUCCACAACAUCACCCAUGGGAAGGGUCAUGGAGCACAGGCCUUUGGUAUUGGGUCGAGAGAUGCACUAAGAGUAUCCCAGGCCUGGAGAAAGACACUUCCCUUCCAGAAAAUAGAGAAAGUGCAACAUGUGUGCAAAGAUGCAAUGGAUUUGCUGGGUUAUCGGCUUGUUCAGUCUGAAGAAGAACAGAAAAAUAUGUCUCUGGAUCUUUUGUUUGCCCAGAACUCCUCUGAGCAUCAAAUUUUGAAGGCAGAAAAGCUGGUCUCUACACUUACUGUCUGAAGGCUGAAGAAUGCUGAACUGUUCACUAGAGCAAAAGAGGAGAGAGGUGUAGGCAUGGAAGUGUAGGAGUGUGUGCAUGGAUGCGCAUGGAUGCAAGGACAAGUGGCACAAGAACCCUGACUACAUUCAGGAGAGCUCUCAGCAGCACAGGGUCACUCUCCACGACCCCUGGAGAUUCAGCCACAAUGGAGGCUAAAGUAAUGCAAGUUUGUUUUCCAAAUUAAUUGUUUAGGUUGGAGCAUACAGAAUGCCAAAGGAGUAGGACCAAAUAGGAGAAAAUCAAACUCCCCACAGACCACAGCUGAAGACCAGGGAAAAGAGCAAUUGCACUUCAAAGAAGAUGAAAUAUAAAAGGAAGCUGAAUGAGGAAAACAUUACUCGACAUGCUGCCAUGCAGGAUAUAUAGUACCAGAAAAGAUGCAAGGAUGACCGGACAUUUGGUUUCCAGAAAGAUGUUGGGUUUGGGUUGUUUUUUUUUUUUAAUGGUUUGCAAGUCCAGUUUUCCUUUUGCUCCACUCGUGUGCCUGAGUAUCCAGCCUUGGUGGCAAAGAUGGGGAAAUGUUUGUAUUCACUUACUGUAUAGUGGGAAAAUGGAAUAAACCAGCUUUUACUGAAAAUAAAAAUUCCUGGGCUUUUCUGCAGGAAACCA